AAUUACCCGUUCAAGACUUUUCUGAUUUUGGAUUCGGCCGCUGGUGCACCUGGAGUUUGCAGUGAAAAGGAGUGCAGGCUUGACGAAUGGACACUAGACUACCUCACGCAUUAUCGCACCCAGCUGGAGAUAGACCCAAGGGGCCCUGCUGCAAUCGCCGACCUGAUCAGCACUGCCAUGGACAUCGAUGUAGAGUCAGUUGCAGUGGAGGUGGGUCAUACAGCAGUCCGAAGGUGUCUUGGUCAGCUCUCCUACCAUUGCAAGACGGCCAGACUGGAGCAGGCAUCUGCCCGAUGGGCGUUGGGUAAACUCAAGAAGCUCGAGUACAGCUACGCCAGGGCAGAUGUGCUGCGAAGAUUUCAUCCUGAUGGCUCCAACUGGGACGUGGCUAAGCGAUUACUGAGGGCCCAUGGCAAGGCAGUGGCCAAGCUCGAGGCCGCGUCUGAGGACGUCCUAGCUGCUUUCAUCGAUGGCGACGCUUUGAAGCCCGAUGGCUUUUCGUCGGUCUUCGCAG